AUGAACGCACUAGCUUUGUAUAAUAUCAAAUUUCAACUUCAACCAUGGAGUACAGUAGGAAUACUUCCUUGCAUGGAACAAAUUGCUGGACCGCCAGUUCCCGUAAGAGUUGGAGAAUUUUACAAAACACCACGUCCACAUCCUUGGCGACCAACAUUGGGUUAUGAAAUUAUAGAAGCGUCACCUUUACCUGAGCAACCUAUAACGAAUCAACUCGUAGAUGCAUGUUAUAUGCCAGGUGGAAUGGUAACAGAACCCAUGAAAUUUCCAAAUUUAGUAACAGGUUUUGAUAGAAAUCCUUCACACGCAGCACGCACUGCAUUAUACACAAGAUAUACUCCAUAUGAUUGGGUACAAAAUCAAAUAAGACUUUAUAAUGAAUCCAAUGCUAAUAGAAAUUAUUCUGAGAACUUACGGAAGGAUACCGAACGUCUCAUGCGAGAAGCAGAUGAAAGGGUACAAGAAGGGCAAAUGGAUACAGGACGUAAAUUAGGUGAAAGAAUUACGGAUACUUCAUUUUGGCGAAAUGAAGGAGCUUCAGAAUUGCAAAGAUUAAUUAUUGAAAAUCAAAAGAUGCAAGAUUGUCGUAGAAAUUUACAACAAACUAUUCAAAAUCUUGAAGGACAAUUACACAUUGCUCAAGAGUGUCUUUAUUAUCGUGAAUCUCGAACAGGUAACGAUUUGGUGCACGAUCAGGCUGAACACGCGCUUCUUAAAGAAGUUGAGACUGUAAAAAAUUGUCAAAAGAAAUUGGAACAAUUUACAGAAAAAUGUCUAAAUCAACUUUCCGAUGGUAGAGCAGUACAAAAUCAAUUAGAAAUCGAUAUAAGAAAUAAAGAAGUUGCGCUUGGUAUUGAUACCAUGUGUCAUCAGUUAAAUAACUUUAGUCGUGGUUUGCAAUAUUACGGAGGAAUUGAAAAAUAUGAUUCUAGUGUCACAGAAGCAGAAUCAUGGGCGGAAGCGUCAAACAAUACUGUAAAAAAAUCUCAAUCUGAGAGAUCUAAGUCCAAUCAGCUUAGAAAUGAUAUCGAGAGUGCUAUAAACGCAGUCGGAUAUGAUAUGUGGGAAGCCUGGGGUGAAACUAACAAUGCAUUGGGUAGAAGAGCAGCGGAAAUGCUAGAAGCGAAAGGAAAAGUCCAAUCGCAUUUGUACAAAAUUCAAGAAGAACUUUUUUAUGUUGAAAAAAAUCUACAAUUGAUGCAGAAAGCAAUUGCUGAUAAAAGUAGCUCCUUAAAAGUAGCGCAUACGCGUCUCGAAGCCAGGUCGCGUAGACCUGAAGCUGAAUUGUGCAAAGAUUAUGCUCAGCUUAGAAUGGUCAAAGAAGUAGAAACGAUAAAUCUAAUGAUACACGAUAUUAAUUUGAAAUUGCAAACAUUCGAAGCACAACAUCAGCAAUUACUCUCUACAAGAGCUAAUUUAGAAACGGAUUUAAAAUCAAAAGUAGAUGCUUUGUUCAUAGACAGAGAAAAAUGUUUAGGUUUGAGACGAAGUUAUCCAAUGGCAUCGGCUAUAAAGUUUUAAUUUUCUUAUUCUAAACAAUUUAUAAU